AUGAGCCACGCCUAUCCGCGCAACACAGGCGCAUAUUCUCUUCCAUCGUUUACAAUCAACCCCAAAUCGCCAAAACAUACUGAUCGCCAAUGGGGUGGUUUCACAGGCUUGUCAAAGCAAUGGGUGACAGAUGGGGUCACGGCCUUGCAGACAGCUAGACCUCGGGAUAUAGAUGAAGCGCGAAGCUUUGCUGUGCGAGUCUUCAAGCGCGUUUUUACUCUUGUGAACGCUGUUAUUCUCUUAUGGCUGUCUACCCUGUGGUGGGGAGAACGGACCGUAUUCCAAGAAAGCAUAGAUGCUUGUGUUUGGAACAGCUGGGAACGAUGGCCUCAAGGUUCAGUACCGCACCAUGUCGCCUUCGUCGCCGAUCCGCAACUAGUCGAUCCCCACACGUAUCCUGGUCGCCCUUGGCCUCUCUCAACCUUGACUAUUAAAUAUACCGAUCAAUAUCUUCGCCGAUCAUUCUCAUUAAUACAAGACAACCUUGUCCCAGACUCAGUACUUUUUCUCGGCGAUCUCUUCGACGGAGGCAGAGAAUGGGCUACAAGCACCACCACAAGCCCCGAGGACCGAUAUAAGGGUUAUACAGACUCUUUCUGGAAGAAAGAGUAUGGCCGGUUCAUGAAAAUCUUUUUGGACCCUUGGAUGAAGCAGAACGAGCCGCCUGUGGAUGGGCGUGGUCGCAGGCUGCUCGCAAGCUUACCAGGAAACCAUGACCUGGGAUUUGCAAAAGGCAUCCAGGAACCAGUGCGGCGUCGGUUUCAAGCUUUUUUUGGGCAUAGCAACAGACUGGAUAUCAUUGGGAAUCAUACCUUUGUCUCGGUCGAUACAGUUUCAUUGAGUGCAAUGGAUCAACCAGAUCCUCAAACUGGUAGCUCCAAUUCCGACAACGUCUUUGGUGAACCGAUCUGGAAAUCCGCCAAUGACUUCCUCGACAAUAUGCCCGCUUAUCGAGCUCAAGCUGAGGGGAACGAGCUCCGAAUGUUGAAAAACAUAUCUGACGGAAUCCAGUUCGACUAUCAUAUAGUGGAUCCGAUGGACCCUUCGAUUCAUAGCACUGAGGAAAACCACUCCAUCAACCUCCCCACCAUCUUACUUACACACGUUCCUCUUUACCGAAAGCCAGCCACCCCUUGUGGUCCCCUUCGAGAGAAGUAUCCACCGUCUUCGACAACUGAAGAGUUGGAAGAAGAUGAGCCGAACUCACUCAAGAUUGCCGGCGGCUAUCAGUAUCAGAAUGUGCUGACACCGACUAUUUCAAAUGGAUUGGUGUCAAGGGCAGGGCCUAACGUGGUUCAAGUUUACUCUGGCGAUGAUCAUGACUACUGCGAGUUGAUCCAUCGCGAGUUCAAUGGCUCACCUAACGAGAUCACCGUGAAGAGUUUGUCUUGGGCGAUGGGUGUCCGGCAUCCAGGCUUCCUGAUGACCAGCCUAUGGAAUCCAAUUGACUCAGAGACAGGCGAGACCACUCAAAAGACCUCUUCACCGACGAUUCAAAAUCAUCUCUGUAUUCUCCCAGACCAACUUGGCAUAUUCAUCUACUACGCGUGCAUCCUGGGGUUGAGCAUUGCUGUUCUCUUCCUCAGCUCUGCCUACCAUGCAUUCUUUGCUCCCAAGCCCUCGGUGCUACCGAAUGGCUCUUUACUGCCCUUAUCCGAACGCCGCAGUGAUGCCUUCAGGCACCAGUACCACACAUCCGGUACGUCCAGUUCCACCUUGUCUCAUCCGGGCGGCUUGGCUGGCCGUGGCGGCAUCAAUGCUUUCCCCGGUAUGCCGGAGCCAAAGCCACUCAGGAUACUUAUCGCGCUCUAG